AUGGAGCACUCCAGGCUCCGUCUCCUUUUAAAGCAUGUUAAUGUAAACGCCAAGAUCUCUGAAAUAAAGAAGUUCUUCAAGCCCGUCCGUAUUAAAGAUGCCAAAAUAUUAAAACGAGGGGUUGCUGUUGUCUACUUUAGGUCGAGAAAGGACUUAGAUAUCUCUUUACAUAAACAAGGCGAGAUUCAUGGCACCGCAAUUAGAGUCUGUCCUUACGAAGACGAGUUAUUUAUAAACACUCCUAAAACAGAUAAAUUAAAGCCCGUUUGGGAUACUGUUCCAGUUGAGCAACUUCGCAGUGAAAUAAAGGAGACUGGCCGGUUAUUUGUCCGGAACUUGCAGUACGAUUGCACCGAGGCCGAGUUACUUGAACUCUUCUCCUCAUUUGGCACUGUAAGUGAAAUCCAUCUCAGUUUUGAUCGGAAAUUGCAACGCAGCAAGGGGUUUGCUUUCGUCACUUAUCUGUUCCCAGAUGAAGCAUUGGCGGCUUUCAAUAAACUGGACAAGUACAAAUUCAAGAACCGUUUGCUUCACAUUCUCCCAGGAAAACCAAGGGAAGUGGAUGAGGAGAAUGGUAAUAGAGGUGAUGAGGUUGCUGCGGAUCAAUAUGAGCGAGAGGUGGACAAAGCAAUAAUGUCAGAAUUUCAGAAGAAGAGACACGCUGAACUGAAAUCCAUGGCUUCAGUCAGUCACAACUGGAACACCCUCUUUGUCAGUCCUGAUGCGGUGGCCACCUACUUGUCGGCUAGAUUCGGUGUCUCGAAGGAACGACUUCUGGACGCUACCAGCAAGGAGUCCGCAGCCGUCCGAAUAGCUCAUGGCGAGGCCCAAUUGGUCCAUGAAAUUCGGGAUUUUCUGAAACGUCAGGGCGUCCGUCUUGAUCUCUUGACCCCCACAUCUGCUUCUCAAGGUCGGAGAGACAAAGCAGAGUCGCAGGCCGCCUCCACGCAUCGUCAGGUCUCGGGUUGUGUCUUUCUGAUAAAAAACCUGCCCGUGGGAACGACGGAAGAAGACGUGGCGGACCUUUUGCGUCGGCUAACACGAAAAGGUGCCCACUCAUUGGAUCCGCCACGGAGGAUUUUGGUUCCACCGCUAGGAAUCACCGCAAUCGUGGAGUACGCGAUGCCUCAAAUUGCACGAUUGGCGUACAAGGCGCUUGCCUAUGAACCGUACAAUGACAACAUCCUCUAUGUUCAGUGGGCUCCGGAGGGAAUUCUUUCACCACCGGAAAACAGACCCGAAGAUGGUGAAGAGGAGCAUGGGAAGGAAAAGUUGCAAAGGAAGCCUGACGAAUCAACUGAAGAAGAUGCAAGGGCGAGGUUCAUCGAUAUCCUCGAUACAGAUAAGGUCGUUGAAGCCGACGACGUUGACGUUGACAUUGUGGAAGGGGAAGAUUUCAGAGACUCGAAACAACGCAAAGAUGGACAGGUUGCGGAUGCUAAUGAUGUGAAAAUCAUGCAAGUGGAUAGUGGAAGAGCUUCGAAGAGGCGCAAGCAGAAACGGGUAGAGGCUGGGGACGACGCAGAAAUUGUGAAUGAAGAUAAAAACAAUUCCCGUAAAAAACGCAAAAUGAUGCAGGAAGGUGCCGAUGAAGUGAAUGCCGAAGAUGAUGCAGAAGUGGAUAGCAGCAAAUCUCGCAAGAAGCGGAAGCAGACUGAUGACGAUGAGGAGUUCUCAAUCGUCCAGAAGCCGGCUGGUGUAAUGUCCUCUCCAACAUUACCCACUGAAAAUGCUCCCCCGAAGCCGCAAAAGCAAGCAGUCAAGAGGGAAGAACGCGGUCGAGUCAUUUUAGUACGAAACGUGGCUUUCCAGGCCAGCCAAAGCGAAGUGUCAGCCCUCUUUAAGCCCAUUGGUGGGUUGGUCAAGGUGAGGAUGCCUCAAAAGCCCUCUGGAGGCCAUCGUGGUUUCGCUUUCGUGGAGUUUGCCACAGAGGAUCAGGCCAAGAGCGCUUUGGAGACUUUCGGUGUAGAUACACAUUUCAUGGGACGACGGUUGAAUAUUGAAUACGCGAGAUCGGAAUAA